UUAAAAAUAAACAGGGCUGGGCCCUGGACCCAGGAUCCACCCAGCCCUACCCUUGUGGGGGCCAUGAUACACCCAGUUGGCGGGAGGUUUAAAAAUACGUAGCAGUCAUAGAGUAUGUUGAUGGGCAGAGAUGUGAUGUGGUGUGAGCGGGGCGAUGCACAUUGGGCUUUAGCCCAUGAAGGUAAGUCAAGAUGAGAAUGAUUCCUCACCCCCACAACCUUAUUUAAUAUUUGCAUAGCAAAAUAAAUUUUGGUUCUAAUGAAAUCUAAAGCUAUAUUCUUGCCGAUGUGUUGGUAUUAUGUUUGUUUAGCAAUAUCCCCACCCCCCCUCAUGAUGGCAUCUUUAUGAUUUUCCUAUCGUGAUCUUUUCAAGCUAAUAAAAUAAUUUAUAGCAUAUUAGCUUUUAUACAGCUACGAUUUGUUUUGCUAUCCAAUGCUAAUCAGUUGACUUCAACUUUCCAUAAACUAAUACCUCCAUGGCGUAGCCCUGGUAUAAGUGUGUAUAAUAUGUAUAUAUGUAUGUGUAUGUAAUGUAUAUAUAUAUAUAUGUGUGUGUGUUUGUGUUGGUGUGUGUGUGUGUGUGUGUGUGUGUGUACAUAUACACACAUUCAAAAUCGUGCAUAGUUCCCAGAUGUCGCAACAGAAUUUAGUACAUUAAAGUACUUUGUUCUAUUACCUCUAUGGUUCAACAAAAAAAAAUUGAUGAUUUAAUUUAGUCUUAGCACAUUAGCAUUAUUCAUCCCUCUUCUAUGGCAUUGUUUACUGUUCACAAAAAAAAAAGAUGUGGAUCAAUUGUAAAGUCACGUUUAAGCUAAUUCUUGCAUUUACAGGAAUUAUAGCAAUGCAGCCAGUUAAUGCGAACUCAUAUAGAGGAGGAAUAUCCUCCAAUCAAAAUUCAUUCAUUAUGAGGAAGGUGCAGGAAAGAAAAAUGUUUAUCGACAGUAAUUACCAAGUGCCAACAGGUCUGCUGUCCUUAGUGGUCAUGAUGGGUGUCUGCAGUAUUGUAGGAGAUUUCGUCUGCAAAUUCCCUGUCCCAUAUCCGAUACUACUUGUCACAGGCGGAGGAGUGUUGGGUUGGUUUUGCAACACCAACCAAGAAGUUAGUAACUUCUUGCAGGUCGCCAGUGUGAGUCCCAGGUUAUUAAUGAUGAUUUUCGUGCCGGCGUUAGUUUUCAGAACUGGCUACAACACUGACACGAGGCUAUUCUCCAUCGGUUUCUGGCAGAUCUUACUCGUGGGAGUGGUGGGCAUUGUGGCAUCAUCUAUCAUAUUAGGAUAUGUUCUGGUUAUCACAUUCAACAGAAACGGAAACGUUGGAUUUCAACAUAUAUACCUGUUUGCUACACUUAUUAGUACCUCUUACCCUCACUUGAUAGUUAAUAUUUUACAACGCUCAGGUCAGUCCAAGUCAUUGUGCGUGCUGCUCGAAGGAGAGUCCUUAGUCGGAGACGCUUACGCCAUGUUUGUGUUCGAGAUCAUUAUUUUUAACACAAUCUCAACAAACCAAACUGGUAAGUUUUCUUGGUUGCCACUUGAAAUGAUCAUUCUUAUUUAUCCUUAGUGUAAUUUAACACAUAAUAAAGCUUGUAUAAUACUCAAAUAUAAAUGCUUUUAACGUAGGCGGUUACGAACACCCAACCAUUACAUUACAUAACAUGAGAUAAAAUACAAUUUAGAGAUAAUGCUCAAAUUUCUUUUGAUCACAAGGUUUCUGAUUAAAAUAAAUAAAAUAUUUUUUCUGAGGUUGGCAUAGUGAAGAUCAGUUAAAAUAUUGUAUGACACGUAAGAAAUAGUUCUUAGAUUUAGCUGAAAGUUAGUUUAUUUUAAGAUUGUUUUCAAAAGCGUUUGGAAGAUGAUAAUAAAUGAAUUUUUUUUUGCAGUUGGAGAAAUGUUAGUGCCCAUCUUUCAAAACUGGAUAGGCAGUAUGGUCAUUGGAGUCGUUCUUGGGACACUAAUUACAUUUGUCGCUCAAAAGGUUUUAACCAGUGCAAGUCAGCUGAUGUUGGUCACGUUUACAGUGACUAACCUGGCGUUCUUCGUGUGCGAAGAUGUUGUUGAUUUCUCCGGCGUGGUCGCCGUGGCGUCCAUCGGCCUGGUGAUGGGCCACGCCAAGAACUCCUUCGCGGGCAGCAUGGGCAAGUCGCUGGGCAGCACAUGGGGCACCCUGAGCCGCGUGGCCGAGACCAUCGGCUUCGUCUUCGUCGGCAUGGAAGCGGUGGACAGAGUCAGCAUGCACUUCGACCAGCGGGACUUGAUGCUCGCCCUCGUAAUCUACAUUAUCUGCAAGGUCACCAGGAUAGUGGUGUUCCUGGUGCUGUUGCCGGUGCUGUCACGCAUGGGAAGUGGCCUCAGGUGGCAGAAUGCAGCUGUGGCCAUGUGGAGCAGAAUGAAUGGCAUUCUCGGCAUCUUAAUGAUGCUCAUGGCCAACCAAGUCAAGGAAUACGAAACUUUCGGCCCACAGUUAACGACAAUUGCGGUAUUAAUGGUGCUCUUGACACAUCUGAUCAACGGCUCCAGCAUCACCGUGGUGUUGAGCAAGCUGGGACUGCUGACUGUCUCCUCCAGCAGGAGAGCCAACAUGAGGAAGGCUCUCGCAAACUUGCAGGACGUCCGUGAGAGGUACGUGUACGCAGUUGGCAGUUAAUAAUUACUUUUGAAAGCCAUUUGUAUGUUAAAUGUUCUUUUUACUAUUGUUUGUCGUCCCGCGUUGUUUUAACACGGCAAAA